AUGACACUUGCAGAAACCGAUGUAAUUAAGCACGGAAAUGUUAUAACAUAUGGGAAUUUGAAGACAUUUCGUGAUACAAGUGAGAAAAUAAUAGAACAGGAACAUAGGUUAACUUGUCUAAAUGUACAAACAUUUUGUCUUGUGUUUACAACGGUGUUGAUAUACGUUUUCUCGAUAGGGUUUGGCUACUGCUUGAGUGUUUUAUACCCGGAAUUUAUCCGAGUUUUCAGCUCCAAAAGUUCUGAUGCCGCCUUAAUACAGAACUUAUUCACUGCAUUCAACUUAGGAGGAGUUAUUCUAUGGAAUCCUAUAGCAGUACGAUUUGGACAAGGAGUUUGUGUAAUAUUAGGGUCGUGUUUUGUUGUUGCAGGUGUGUUUCUUGCACAAUUUGCAACAAGUAUCUGGGUGCUGAUUUUAUGUAUUGGUGUCAUAGCGGGAAUCGGGGCUUCAAUAACUUCCUUUGGACCAAAAGUGCUUAUUAAUGAUAUAUUUGUGAAAUGGAAACAAGCGGCAUUUGCGGCCAUAUAUACAGGCCCUAGUAUUGGACAGUUUUGUUUCCCUUAUUUCAUUGAGUGUUUACUUGAGCAAUAUAACUGGAAUGGAACUCUCUUGGUUAUGUCAGCAUUUAUGGCAAAUCUGAUUCCAUGUGGUAUCAUUAUCUACUACAUUGAAAAAGACACCGUUAGUUCAAAACCUUUAACUGAAUCUAGCUCAGGAGGAAAGCUUUUUGAUAGUUGUGUAUUUAAGGAAUGGCGACUGUAUCCAUUGCUUAUUAACGGUUUACUUAUAGCGUUUAGCGUUUUUGUUGAAAGCAAUUUCCUUGUAGAUCACAUGAUUCUCAAAGGAUAUGGUAGAGCAACAGGUGCGUUAUUCCUUUCAUACAUGGGGCUUGCAAACCUUGCUGGAAGAAUUGUAACACUUGCAUCAAAAUUGAUAUUCCACUCGGGAAACUGUUUGAUUCAAAUUACAGUCUUUACGAUGAUGAUUGCAGCAUCGCAUGCUGUCAUCUUGUUUACUGGAUCUUACUUUGGUAUAUUAGUAGGUGCUAUUCUCAAUGGAUUUUCUUUAGGACUUUUCUUUCCACAAAUUCCAGUAAUUCUACUAGAGAUAUAUCCUUCUGAGCUUUACGGGGCGAUAUAUUCAAUAUGGAAUAUUUUUCUAGGUGUAGGAUUUUGCCUCGGAGGAUACUUUGGAGGAUUUAUUCGUGAUAUCACCAGUUCCUAUGAUUUACUUUUCGAGCUUGCAAUUAUAUGUAAUUCUAUAAUGGCGGUUAACUUUUUCAUAUCUGGAGUCUCAUGUAGAAAGAUUUGCAAAAAGCAAUGUAAGAAUAAAAGUAUCGAUGGGUAGACAGAAAAGUUUUAAGAGCACGACAUUUACAAAGAGUAAUAACUGGAAUUGUUUGUUUGAUUGAUUGGGUUUUGCGUCACAUCGACACAGUAUAGGUCAUAUGGCGGCGUUUCAAGUUUACUGAUGGAGGAAGAUCUCAGGCGCCCUUCUGUGCAUUAUUUCAGACACAAACGGGCACCUGAAUAGAACCACUGACGUUUCGUAAGCUAGCUGAUAACUCGAAUUAAU